UAUAAAGUUCAUGUAUAAGUGAUUACUAAUUGACACGUUGUUAUGUUUUCAUUUCAGUGGAACUUAUCCCACCUCCACCGAUGCCUGUUGCUGAGCGAUCUUCACCUAUGGAGUUUACAGACAUUGCGGAUCUUUGUGAUAUAGAUGAAUCAGAAUGCAGGCAGUCAUUGCUUGAUUUUGCAUCAAAAGAGUGUUGCUAUGGAACGAAACCAGCUUCAGAAAUGAGCAUUAUUCGCCAUCAGACCGUAACCGCUUUUACAGUAAACUUUACAUUUUGUUCAUUAUCGCACAUUAGUGCAAUUUCGGGAAAUUAUUUCUCUUCCAAUAAACGUGACUGUAAUGAUACUUUUAUUUUAGUAUACCCUAGAAACAUUUACAGAGGUUAGGCAGACUGGGCCGAAUCACACGCCGUACAUAGAUGGACCUGUGGAUGGUCCUGAGAAUGGUGAUCCGCCUCCUGUCUGGGAUAUUCCGUGUUUGCCACGUACUAUGUUCCACUUUGAUAUUAAAACGAUGGAACUUCCUCACACGGCAACAGUUGCUGUUUGUCAUUUUUGUUCGGCAACAGGCAAAACUGUAUGUACGGAAUGCGAUGGCAGAGGGAAGAAACAGUGUAUAUGUUGUGGAGGACUGGGACGAGUCUUCUACUAUGAUUCUUACAAUCAAUGCAAUAUGAGCCAAACGUGUAUCGCCUGUUUCGGUUCUGGAAGAGUUAUGUGUGCAAACUGUUUGGGCCAAGGAGAAAUAAUAUGCACUGAUUGUUGUGGAAAUAAGAAAAUAAAAAAGUACACAGAAUUAAAGGUAACAUUUGAAAAUCAUCUUGAAAAACAAAUUGUCAAUCGUUCUGACAUACCGGAUUACAUUAUCGACACAGAAGACGGAAAAUUAGUGUUUGAGCAAACCGAAGUUCAAAUCAACCCAAUCACGACCUACACUGUUCCUGAAGUCAACAGUACCUCAAGUCGAAUCGUCAAUGAACAUAAGAACACCUUCCACAACGAACGGGUUAUAAAACAGAGACAACAGUUGCGUGCUGUUCCGGUGACUGAGGUCCACUUACGUAGGAGGACGUUAGUACACGCUACUGGAUCUAUGGUCUGGAGAGGAAUGUCCACGCCCCGGACUAUCCACAACAGUGCUGCUGGGGCUGUACCAUUCUGUAAACGGCUCGCAAAAAAUCCACUCAGGGGGGCUUAG